CAGACGAUUCGAUGCAAAUCACAUGACGAGGAGGCGCACAGCAAUUUUACAAGGAUAGGAUGUUUUAGAUCUUGUGACACUGCUGAAGUCGUCAAUGAUAAUGCCAGGCCCGGAAGAAGAUGGAGUUCGGAGCACGGGGGGUCAGGUUGACGACAUGACGAUGGCCCUGAUUGAUUCAGCCAAUGACAGGACUGAGGAGGGACAAGAACAGAUUUCCCAGGCGCUGUUUGACCUUGGAAAACACAAACCUGCCCUGGUUCUCAGCUGCUGCUACUCGUACCUGAAAAAACACACCAAGCUUGCCCAAGAACACCGAGUGAUCUUGCUACAGUGUAUGGAGAGGAUUGUAAAAGAAACUCUGGAUCAGAUAGGCACGGGACUCGCCACUGAUCUCAUUAAACUCGGGGCCCAGGAAAUGACAUGCUCAAAGGAAGUGGUCCCUGAUUGGCAGAACGCGGCCAGCGGUCUUUUGGUGGCUCUCGGUGCGCAGUAUUGUGAUGAAGUGAUGGCCGAAAUGUUUGAAAGAUUUCAACCUGGCACAUUGCCGCAUUAUUUUGUUGUCAGGACUAUUGGCAACUUAGCUCAAGCAAAUGUGUACAGAAUGGUUCCCCACCUGACGGCUGUUCUAAGUACCACCCUCCCAAUGCUGGGGAUGGUCAAACAUGACAACAUGAAAUGGGUGUUCUCAUCAGCUCUGUCCAAAUUCAGUGAGGCCAUCAUUGAGUACUGUGCCAACAUAGACAAGGCCCCUGACCAGACCAUCACAAAGGACCGCUUCUCCCAGGAGAUUGGCUCCGCAUUCGAUGUCCUGUUCUCCACCUGGCUACAGUCCAAAGAGGCCAAGAUAUUUGGGGCACAUCCAAAGUUGCGUCUGACCAUCGUGGAAGCUAUGGGUCACAUGACACACCUAAUGGCCAAGGAAAAGUUAGAGGAAGUGUUACCUAGGGUGCUGCAGGGUAUUUUGGGAUUGUACAAGAAACAUCCAGAACCAUUUCAUAUCACACAGGGAUUAUGUAAUGUUCUGGAUGCUGUUUGUACUGAAGGGAACACAAUUCUGGAACCACAGCUGGAAGGACUCUUGUCAGCUUUAUUCCCACAGGUGUUCACCCCCCCUGACUACAAUAAUCCACUGAGUAUCAAAAGCCACAACGAAGUGCUGAGGUGCUUUGCAAUAUUAGCCAGGCCUUUUUCUGGGAAGCUGACUGGCAUUCUUCUACAGAGACUAGAACAGGGGAACGAGAAAGUCCGCAUUGGAAUCCUGACCAUCUUCAAACACCUGAUUAACGCUGCCAGUAGGUGGUUCUCAUGAUCAGU